AUGUCUUCCCUCGAGGCCAAGAUCGUCGUCCUCGGCUCUCAAGGCGUAGGUAAGACAUCGUUAGUGACGCGGUAUUGUAAAGGCGCCUUCAAUCCCGCCCAGAAUACUUCUACCGUUGGCGCUAGUUUUAUGACCAAGAGGGUCUUAGACGGUGACACCGACACUGUCGUUCGAUUACAGAUAUGGGAUACAGCUGGACAGGAACGAUUCCGUUCGAUAUCGCGGCUCUACUACCGCGGAGCUAACGCCUGCAUCCUUUGCUACAGCAUCACCGACGCACAGUCCUUCGCCGAGAUGGGUGUAUGGCUAACGGAAUUACGCCGUAAUCUACCACCUGAUAUCGUUCUCCAUGUAGUAGGAACUAAAGCCGACAUUGUCGCCCGCGACCCCACGCGUCGCGAAGUACCUUUCGAACGGUGCAUAGCUUACGUCGCCGAGAACCUCGCUCCAGGCCUCGGAUCGACACCACCGCCAACCGCAACACCCUCAGGUCUGACUGCCCUACCAAUAGGACCAGGAGUAAGCCAGUCGAGCGUAGUAGUCACUCCCGCCGCGUCAAGCGCCCAGGAACCCCGUAGCCCGAGUAGUAAGCGAAGCAGCGGGUUCUGGGGCCAAGAAGUUGGCUGGGACGCAUGCCACGAGAUCAGCGCCGAGAGCGGCGAGGGCGUCGAAGAGGUCUUCCGGGUCGUGACGCGCAAGCUCGUCGAGCAGAACCGCAAGAUGCAGCAGGCUAUCUUAGCUGCCACCGCGACGCCCGGUACUCCCGGCUACGAGAGCGGCAUGGAUGGGGGAUACUUCGACGGCGCGAAUCCCCGCGGUAGCUUCCGCGUCGGUAGAGAUCGUCGGAGUUGGCUAUUUUCCUCCCCAAACUUCUCACCGGCCGUUACGGUGGAAAAUCCCAACGCGGGCGGCGCAGAGCAGCAAAGACAAGGGGAGGAGCAAGGACGGAGAGGGAGACGCUGUUGUUGA